AGAUUACGUAUUAUGGGAUGUGCGGAAUUAAACAACCCGGAGAGGACGAGAGGGGAAGCCAAAAAUAAUAAAAGAGACAGAAAUAAAGGAGGCGCAUGGUGAAUCAUGGAGCUCUCGGCUGUCGGUGAAAGCGUCUUCGCAGCCGAGUCCAUCAUUAAACGGCGAAUCAGACGGGGUCGUUGGGAAUAUCUCGUAAAAUGGAAGGGCUGGUCUCAGAAGUACAGCACUUGGGAGCCGGAGGAAAACAUUCUGGAUGCACGGCUGUUCGCUGCCUUCGAGGAGAGAGAGCGAGAAAGGGAGCUGUUCGGGCCGAAAAAGAGGGGACCCAAACCAGAGACAUUUCUGCUGAAGGCCAAAGCCAAAGCCAAAGAAAAGACAUAUGACUUUAGAAGAGAGACUCCCAGAGGGAUCCAGGUUUCGUAUCCCAUUCCGGAGCCUGUCAUAACACCCAGAGCCCGGGAGGGUUUACGCACCGUGGUUCCCACAAUCUUCCCACCGAGCGCGGUCAACAGAGGGGAGAGUAUCCAAGUCCGACCACCAGAGCCUGAAAGGAGGCCCAGACCUCCCACCCUAGGUGCACCUCUCGCAGCCCAAGAGUCCCUGCGCUUUCCCAAAAAGCGAGGGCGCAAGCCGAAGCUUCAUUCACAUUACGAUGAAGACGAUGCCAGCAGCCACGGGGAACUGGACGCAAAGCGGAGCACGUUUCUGGAGCAGCCCACGUCACACGGUCCGUCCAAAACGCCCCGACGCCUGCACCAUCCCGGAGAGACGUCAGAUCACAGCCUCAUCCAGCUGACCAAGAGGUUUCAGGAGGAGACCACCAUAACACCCAAAGCUAGUGGUGAGCACAGUCACGCUGGGGGUGCAGGGCUGUCUUACACCUGCACCUACAGUCCAGAUGAGCAUGAGAGCGAUCAGGGGGGACACAGGACUCAUUAUUUGAGCCCCCAAACCAGCAAGAGGAGGCACUCCGAUGAUCAGCGGAGGCAUCGGGGGAAGGAGUGCUGUGCACUCCGGGAGCGAGCUGCUGCCGUGUCGUCACGGUCCGAAUCCAUCCACGAGACAGCCACGCGAGCAGCUUCCUGCUGGGCUCCUGACUUCUGCAGCCUGGACACUGUGACGGUGACAGAUGUCACCAUGAACUUCUUGACAGUCACCAUCAGAGAAAGCAGUACGGACAAAGGCUUUUUCAAAGAGAAAAGAUGAGUAUUUCAUAAUUCAGAGACAAGGACAUUCUGAGGUUAUUGUUUAACACGUGAUAAACAGACUCAAUGUAAUACUAUAUUUUUUCUAUGUAACUAUCAAUCAUGUACACAAUAUUUAAUAAGCUGCUACAAAAAUAAAAUGAAUGUGGCAUUGUACGUUUGUGGUGUGUUGAAGGUCUUUAUGUUUUGGUGUUUGUCCUUCACAGAAUGCAGCCUCUGAGGAAUUUCCACAUUCUCCCACAGCUAAAAUAAACUACAAGGACAAUGAUCUCAGAUAAAAUAAGUUGGAUUUCCGAUAACAUAUUUUGCUGUAAAAGUGGUGCAGCCAGAAUAGCUUAUAGGGCACAGUUCAUACCCCUGCUCUUAUUCACUGUAUUUAUGAACUAAAACAUCAAAUGAGUCAAACAAGGCUUCAAGUUGAAAUAGCUAAUAGUAAUUUUAAAGAAAAUUUACCUCCUAAGACCUGGUGCAUUUUUUUUUUCUUGUUACUCUGGGCCCCCUUUAAGAAACUAAAUAUUAUGAUAUACUACAU